UCUUCUAUCUUAUAAAUUUACGUAUAGCACACAUAUAUAGUGAUGUAAUACUAGCUUUCGUUCCUCGUACCUAGUCCAGCCUCAGAACCCUUCGCGGGUUGGUAAGAAGUCAGUCUUGUUUGAUAAGACGGAAUUAGACAAAGAAAAGAGAAUACUCGACCGGAUUUGAAAAAUGGGUAAAGAUCAAUUGCCUAUCUUGUUGAUGGUGUUGGUACAAUUAGGUUAUGCUGGCACUGCUAUCAUAUCAAAGCUUGUUAUGAAUGAAGGCAUGGAUCCUUAUGUUCACUUGUCUUAUCGCCAAAUUUUUGCCACCAUUUCUAUUGCACCCUUCGCUUACUUUUUCGAGAGGAAAACAAGACCGAAGUUGACACCGUUUACAAUUUUUCUAAUUUUCUUGUGUUCUAUUUUCGGGGUAACAGCAAUGCAAUUGACUUUACUUAUCGGAUUAAAGAAUUCCACUGCAACUAUUGCAACAGCCAUGUCUAACUUAGUCCCAGCAAAUACAUUCCUUCUAGCCGUCCUUUGCGGAGUUGUGGGGUCAAUUGUGGCUAUUAUCGGACUCUAUAGUGUUUUAUGGGGAAAGAAAAAAGAAAUGAAGGGUAAUACAGUGCAUGUUGAGGAGGAGAUGAAGGAAGAUGUGUGUAAAGAGGAUAAUAAAUUGACUAAGAUUGAUGACUUGGAAGUUUCAGAUCUCAUUUAAAAUCACAGUUUUCCCUAUGACCGAAGUCAGAGGCGGAGCCCGAAUUUGAAGUUACUGGAGCCUUUUUAUGUUACUACCAAGACUGACUCUAUAUUUAUAGUGUCGUAUUCUUAGAUAUAUGUUGUUGCACGUAUCUCCAUUUGCGCACAUGUUUAAUUACCGUGCUAUUGCUA